AUGAAUACUACAGGUUACCGGGCUGAAGCUUUCCCACUGCAGGGGCCAACUGUUCAGCACACCGUUGUGAAUGUCCACACUGACAACCCCAACGACCACAUCGUCUGGUCCCUAUGCAACCUUCUCUACUCGAACCCUUUCUGCAUAGGACUGGUGGCAGUGUACUACUCUUUCAAGGCCAGAGACCGAAAGAUGUUUGGAGACAUGGAGGGUGCCAGAAAUUACGCCUCCACUGCCCGCUGCCUCAACAUCGUGUCCACUGUCCUGAUUGUCAUCACAAUCCUUAUUUUCAUUGCUUUGUCUGUUGUUUUGGUGAAGUUGGCGCAUGUUCAAGUCACAGAGGUCAAAGCCCAACUCAACCGCUAUGGACUCAACCACUAUGGGGGCCAUUAUUCCAAAUAG